AUGUGUCUACGAAGAGAAUCCAAAGAAUGGUUAUUAAAUAGUACAAAUUUUUAUUUUAAUAAUAUAUCAACGCCAAAUGUACUCGUUAUAUUAUCUAAAGAAUAUCUAGAUUUUAUUAAACAGCAAGACAAUUGUUUUAUAAGUUUACAUUUAAAUGUUUUGUCCAAAUUUUUAUCUAGAGACUAUUUAGACUUUAUUAGAUCACGAGAUCGAUUGUCUUACAAAUUUACAAUUUUUAUACAUUUCAAGAUACACGUACCAGAGAUUAUCAAGCAUCACAUUCACACCAAAACGAUAUUCAUACAUAAAUUGAUGCCUCAUAAAAAGUACGUGCCACAGAAAAAGGAAGUACCAAAGAAGAAAAAACCAUCGUUUCACGAGGAAGAAGAUCAUAAGGAUGCUCACCAUGAAUGGAAAUAUUGGACUAGUCACUUUCACCAUGACGAUCACGGUCAUAAUCAUCGUGAUGUUAGUCACAAAGUUAAACAGGAAGAAAUAUUUAAGGACGAUUAUCAAAAAGAUUUUCAACAAAAUCCAAUUCAAACGGACUCUUACUUUCCUAAACGAGAAUCUUACGAUGAAAAUAUUUCUACGAGGGAUCACACGAACGGUUUGAUUGGUUACUCUUAUCCACCGCAAUAUUCACAGAAUUUGGAAGUUCCGGAGAUCCCUGAUAAUCAUGAAGAAAAACCAACGCACGGUUAUGAGGAAGGAUAUCGAAAAGGUUUACGAUCGGAAAGCGGAGCUUUUUAUGCUAACGAAUUAAAUAAAUUUCAUUUUGAUACUGAAUUGGAGGAGGAAAACGAACGAGAGAAAUCAAAGGUUAAGGAUGUGGAAGAGGAUGAAGAAGUCGUCAAAACAAAUGCAGGACGUUACUUCGUCACCGAGGAAAACGUGGAACACAAUCAUUCUAACGAAGGAAGCGAGCUAAAAUAA